UUUCUCUUUACUCUUAGGCCCCUUUUCUUUACGUCUUCCUUUAGGUAUGUAGGUUGUUGUGUAGUUUUGUGUGUGGGUUUGUGCGUGGGUGGUGUAUGUUUGCGUAUUUCCUUGUUCUUUCCCUUCCCCUCUCUCCUUUUCCCUCUCCUUCUCCCUAUCCCUUUCGUUCUCCCCUUUCCCUUUCGUUUUCCCCUUCCCUAUCGUUUUACCUUUCCCUCCCUAUCCCUCUCGUACUCCCUUUUCCUUUCGUUUUUCCCUUCCCUUCCCUUUCGUUUUCCCCUUUCCAUUUCGUUUUCCCCUUCCCUUUCGUUUUCCCCUUCCCUUUCGUUUUCCCCUUUCCCUUUCGUUUUCCCCUUCCCUUCCCUUUCGUUUUCCCUUCCCUUUCGUUUUCCCUUCCCUUUCGUUUUCCCCUUCCCUUUCGUUUUCCCCUUCCCUUUCGUUUUCCCCUUCCCUUUCGUUUUCCCCUUCCCUUCCCUUUCGUUUUCCCCUUUCCCUCUCGUCUCCCCUUUCCCCCCCUGAUCAAUGUUGCUGCACCUCAACGUGGUGAUCAGGUGACAACAAGUUUUUUAAAAGACUUGGCUAAGUCAGCAACAAAUAGUAAUUACAUAUUACAUAAGUCAUAAAUCGAUUUGUUCACUUUAUUAAUUUAUUAAAUUGAAAACAUAUAGCUAAAUAAAUAAUUUGAUAUAUCAAUUUUUUAAGACUAUUUGAUUUGAAUUAUUGUGCAAAUUUUUCCAUAAUGACAUUCUUAGGACUAGCACG